CCUUGACACGUCGCGAACAUACACCACUCGGCUAGCACAAGUUUUUAAGACAACGGGCUGUGAGAUAUCUCUCCACUUACAUGAGCUCUCAUUCCUUCCAAAGCAGUUCUUCGCUAGCGCGCGAAACACGAACGCAUUGCUGCGCAAUGAUGCAGUCAUAAGUAAUGAGUUAAUCGAAUGUUAUAUGCAUAUUCUCGUAUGGUUUAAAGCGAAUUGCCAUUACAAAUCCAUUCCGAAGCUUGUGAAAACCCAAAUGUAUUUUGUAAACGUAUGUGGUUCUUCCAAGAAGUCUUGAAGAAAGAAAGGCAUUUCUCGACAUGAACGGUCUAAGGAAGGUAUUACAAUUCGUCACAACUCCCGGAGAAUCUCUGGACCAGUACGUGGAAACAAUAAAAGCUUGUUUCCCUACCGAUGUAGUCAACUUCUACACUCCCGGGUUUCAGGAAACAAUUUGUUCACAAGUAGACAACUUUUCUGGACUCACCAGUAAAUAUAUGCACUUCAUGUCAAGAUACAAGAAAAAAGAGAGGCGUGGAAGCGAUGCCGAAGAAGAAGAUGAACGCAGUUGAUGAGAAUGUUGAAAAAACAGUUUUUUGUCCAAAUCGUUAAAAAAUAA